AUGAGGAAGGCCGCUGUGGGUGACGCCGGGGGGGCAGGCCGGACUAAACUGAGCUCCGCCUCCUGGGCGGGACCAGGCUGGACCAUGAGCUGCCCCUGCUGUGUGUCGGACCGGGUCGACCCCCUGGUUCUGGUGAGGCUGGGACAGAAGGUCCGACCCGAGACCAAGAGGUGGAUCAUCAAACUGAUAGGAAGUCCACAGAAGGACGGAGGUGCUGCGUUGCUAGCCCACCCGGGUGAGGAUGCCAGUGGUGACAUCAUCGUUGUCUCUGCCCCUCGCUGUACUCUCCUUCGUGCCACUGAAGAGCUGGGCUUGUGUAAAACUUACAGCAGUGGAGAAAUGGAAGCCUUCUCCUAUGAUGACAAAGACAACUUUAAGGACUCAGAUAACAUGUCAGAGUUUGUGACUCUAGCGGAGCGUCAGUACAUAGUCAAGUAUGAACUGGAGGGUGUUCGAGCGCAGAAGGAUCUGAGGGUUCCUGGUCUGUCUGACGACUACACACUGCAACACAGAGACAACAUCUGGCAGAAGCUCAGAGCUGCUGGUGUGAUCGUGGACAUGUUUCCUCUCCAUAACCAGGAUCAGCUGAAGGAUCUGAGCGAGGCCUGGUACUGUGGGAAUCAGCUGGCCCAGCCCCUGGAUUCAGUCAACUCGUAUUUUGGAAGCUCAAUAGGAUUCUACUUCAGCUUCCUGGAUUUCUACACCUGGUCACUCCUCCCACCUGCUGUUCUGGGCCUGGCCAUCGCAUACUUCUCAGGUGAGGUCCAGAAGGAGGUGGUGGAGUCGGUCUCGGGGUCACAGGUCAUGAGUGACCAGGACGCCUCUGGUUCGGCGGUGGGUGGUCACAUGAUCCAGGCUGUGUUCAGUAUGUUCUGGUCCACUGUGUUCAUGGAGCUGUGGAAGCGCCGGAGCUCCUCCCUCUCUUACCGCUGGGGAAUGCGCCUGGCCGAGCGAUUCGCUGAACCCCGGCCCGGUUUCUAUGGCAACCUGGGGGUCAAUCCUGUGACGGGUCGCGUGGAGCCGCUGUUUCCUGAGUGGAAGCGUGAGCUGCGUAUGGCGCUGGUGUCGGUACCGGUGGUGGGGCUGUUCCUAGGCCUGGUGGUCCUGGGGAUGCUGGUCUUCUAUUGGGGGGAGGCCCAGGUCCAGCAGCUCCACCAACACUGGGACUCAUUCCACACUCAGGUUCUGCUUUAUGCUCCGUCGGUGCUUCACAUCAUCUACACAAACAUCCUGGCCACAGUUUACAAGAACGUGGCACAGGCUCUGACUGAUACGGUGAAGAACCACAGGGAGGAGUCGUCCUUUCAGAACCACGUCACCGCCAAAGUCUUAGUGUUCACCUUCUUCAACUACUUCGCCGUGCUCUUCCACAUCGCCUUCUACAAACAGGAUGUGCCUUUACUUCGUAAGCGUUUGGCGUCUUUGCUGAUCAACCAGCUGGUGAACCAGGUGACAGAGGUGGUCGUACCGUUCCUGGUCGACCGCUUCAUCAGUGCAUCGAACCGAAAGGAGAACGAAAACGACCCUGAGGAGGACAAAUACAGGAACCAGAGCACCCUGCCUGCGUUCCCUGGCCUGUUCUCAGAGUACAUUGAGCUCCUGGUGCAGUUUGGGUAUUUGACUUUCUCCUGCGUCUACCCUCUGACGGCCGUGCUGCUGCUCAUCAAUAACCUCACUGAGAUCCGAUCGGACGCCUACAAGAUGUGCAAACUCUUCCGUAAACCCUUCUCCCCACCUGUGGCCAACAUGGGGGUAUGGCAGGUCGCCUUUGAGGUCCUCAGCUUCGUCUCAGUGGUGUCCAACUGUUGGCUGCUGCUGCUGUCGCCACGGAUACAGCGUCUGUGUACGGAGGGAGAGUUGAACAGCACCAACAUCCUGCUGUUGGCCGUGUUAGUGGAGCACAUUCUCAUUCUACUCAAAGUGGUUCUGGCGGUUCUGAUCCAUGAACCGGACUGGAUCCGAAAAAAGCGGGAACACAUGGAGUUCAAAUCCAUGCAGGCUCUGAGGACGCAGGUGACACACAGCCCUGAGUCCACUGAGGAAAGACUCAUGCAUUUGAAUUGAAGCCGGAUGCUGAACAGUCCUGAUGCUGGUCUUGGACCUGGUCUUGGACCUGGCCUUGGACACCCG